CUUUCAAACAGAGUAUCUCUUACCAUCAGCAUCAUGGCCGAGAUGACAGCAGAAGGACGUAUGUCUACAACCACAACAAUAAUAGAUGGUAAGAACGGAUCCAUUCCCUCAUCAUCCAUGAAAGUGGGGAAGAAAUCAGUCACAGAAGACCUCGUGACAACGUUCAGCUCACCAGCAGCAUGGCUUCUUGUCGUUGCUCUGAUUGUUACCUGGUCAGCAGUAGCUAUCGUGAUGUUUGACUUGGUGGAUUACAAAGCCUUUGCAGCCACCUAUUCACAACAUUGUGAUGAUCCCUGUUUACCACCUGGAAGAUCUGUUAACAAGCUCAGCACAGAACCACUGAGAAUCAUUCAUGAGACAUUGGAAGAAUCCACUGAUUGGCUCUAUGGCUUUAUUUCUUUACUGUCUGACUUCGUAUGGAGUGAUGAUGAUGAUGACAGUGAUGAAGGUGAAGUGGAACCUGCCCUGAAAAAAGAAAUUCAAAAGCAGAAAUCAGAGAGGCAUGAAAAACGAACACCACCAAAGGCAAUUCACAGAGACAAACCUGAAAAACAAGAAAAAAUGGAGAGGAAGGAACCCUUAAAGGUGACACAAAAAGACAAACUGGACAGACAAGAAAAACCUGAAAAAAAGGAAAGGCAUACAGCUAUUCACAAAGAGAAACCUGAAAAGCCAGACAAACUUGAAAAGAAAGCACCUUCUAAAGUAAUGCAAAAGGACAAACCUGAAAGACAUGAAAAAGCUGAAAAGAAACCUCCUCCCAAAGAGGAGAAGAAAGUGAAGAGCACCAAAGUGGAAGCAAAAGCCAAAAAGGAAGUCAAGGAUGGAAAAGGAGAUGGAAAGAUGGCUGAGAAGGCCAAGCAGGCAGAGACUAAAACAACAGAAGUUGGGCUAAUAAAGGCCAAACCGAAAGUUAAGGAGGAAAAAGCUCUUCAGACUGUAACUAAAUCGGAAAGGAAAGAUCAAUAUGCGUUCUGUCGCUAUGUGAUUGACAUGUUUGCGCAAGGGGAUUUUUAUCCAGCACACAAGGAAAUGAUGCCACCUCGUCUUCUUCUAGAGCAUAGUCCAAGAAAGAAACCCGCAGCUAUUGAAGGCAAGUUUGAGUUUUAUUCCUCCUUUAGUGGCUUCUACUCCUUAACUUGA